AUGCGUCGUUACACUUCUCACGACGGGAACGAUCCAGAUCAACUUCACGACAAGGCCGAUGUUGUUCCAAUUCAAAACGACCUCCCUACCGUAACACAACCUCUAAUAAUUCAACCGGAACAGCCGAGUGCACCCGGUAGCGAGACUCAACCGCUAUGUGAAAACAUAUUGAAAAUACUGGGCAACAAGGUUAGUGAGGAAAAAAUUAUGAGCAAGGAGGUUCAUCCAGAUAUUGCCUGCAGAUGGGAAAUGAUUCUUACAAAAGGACUUUCCCCUGAUUCAAAAUCAGAAUUGAAUACGAAGUACACAGCUCCAUCUAAUUGCACCCUUAUGGAAGCCCCGGUAUUAAACCCAGAAGCGAAGGCGGCGAUGUUACCUAACACAAUUCAGAGAGAUGUUAGACUCGCAACAGGGGACAACGUACAACUGAUUGAAUGGGUUAGUGAUGCAGGUCGCAUGUUGUCAGAUCUACAUCAUACUCACUCUGAAACACGACGAUUAUUCAUAACCUCUAGUGUCAAUCCGUCAGCUAAGGAAACAAUGACAGGGGCUCCAAUCGGAAAGUUUUCAUUCGGUAAUAAUUUGGAAGAGCGAGUAAACUCUGCAAAAUCCAUAGAAAAAAUAUCAUUGGGUUUGAAAAAUAAUAAACCAGACUAUAAAAAACCGGAAAACAUGAAGAAAUUUUCUUUAAACUCCAAGAGUCUGCCUUACUUCAAUCGCAAGAAUCAGCAAGCGACCAGAACUCCCAGGUCGGGCAGACAACAACCAUACUACAGUCAACAGGACACCCGCAGGAGUUCGAAACCACAAGGCGGCCAGAGAUUCAACACCAAUGUCAAACAAUCAUUCCAGAGUUAUCGCAGGAAACACUCAAAUCCUAGACAGUUUUUGUCAGAACAUUUAAAAAUGGAAGAUUAUAGAACCGCUAGGAGGCUUAUAUCUCAUAAAUGUUACACGAGUACUAUAGAUUUGCAAGAUGCAUACUUUCUCAUUUCUAUCCAUCCAGAACAUAGAAAAUAUUUGAGAUUUUUGUUUGAAAAUCAGAUUUACGAGUUCACCUGCUUUCCCUUCGGACUCUCGACAGCUCCUUACGUAUUCACAAAGAUUAUGAGACCGGUCCUCAACGAAUUGAGAAAAAGGGGGCUGAUGUCAGUCGCAUACAUAGAUGAUUUUCUAUUAUUAGGCAACAGUUAUCAGUCUUGUCAGGAUAAUCUGUCACAGACUGUAGAUUUGCUACUCAAACUUGGUUUUCUAAUUAACGAACAAAAAAAUAAAAGGCUUCAUUUGAUCAAACAAUUAAGAAAGAUCAGUAUUACUGAAAACUGUAAAAUCCGAGAAUUUGCAAGUUUUUUGGGAAAAAUUACAGCAACAUGUCCAGCACUAACUUACGGUUGGGCAUACACGAAGUCUUUCGAAAAAGUAAAAUUAUUAGCAUUAGAUCAUUAA